AUGCUUUUGUACAUUGUUACCUGGGAACAAUUGGCAACGGUUGAGGAUGUGACUGUAUUCAUUUCAGCGCCUUAUGACAUAUUUUUUUUCUCUGCUUAUUUUUUCAAUCACUCAAAAAGUCUUGGCGAUUCCGCCUUCGCCCUACUAGUGACAGCGGACUUCGAGGUUCUUGACCAGGUUGAGAAUUUUGAACUAAUCGCAGUAAACUCGACGCAUCGCAUUCCGCAAUCUGCGAAACUAGAGAGAAUUACUCCCCACGAUUCUUGCAAAUGGAUCGCCAUUCUUGCCAAGACUCAAUUAGUUCCAAAUUUGAGUCAAGUAUUCAUAUCGCUUGGUGGGAAACAUGCUCAAAUACCAUUCGAAGUGGCGCCAGUGGCGAACAAACCCGUGGUGAUUUGCAUUUCGCCGUUGUUUGCCGCUGAAAACUGGCCUAAUAUUCUAGUUGCUCUACACGUUUACAAGAAAUUCAAUGCUCACUUGCACAUGUCGAUAAGAAGUGUGAUUUCACCUAUUUUGGAAAUCCUAAAGGUCUAUGAGAAGCAUGGCUAUGUUACUAUUCAAUCAUGGCCAAAGAUUCGCCUUCUGAAUCAUGAGCCUGAUGAUUUUAACGCCAAUUUGAAUGUCGAGUUUCGCAGUCAAGCAGCGUCCCAAACAGAUUGCCUUUUAAGGUACAAGGAAUCUGCUGAGUUUAUUGCAUUCUUGGAUCUUGACGAUCUUCUGAUACCGAGACUUGCCAGCAAUUUCCUUAUGGAAUUUCGAAGCUUCGUAAAUGUCAUGUCCGAUGUUGCAUUCCUUCAAUACAACAAAGAAAAUACCCAGUCAAUUGCUAAUCAAAAGGCCAAUGUUUUCUCAGUGAGUCGCAUGUUGAGAAGCAUCAAAUUCACCCAGAAAAAUGAGACUGGAAAAAUAGUGGCAUUGCCGGCGAAAAUGAACAGCACAUGGAUUCACUGGUCAAAUGACAACUUAAAAAUAUUCCAUGUUCCAAGGGAAAUGAAUGCUAUAACACAUCUUAAGGAUGUUAAAAUGGUUACAAAGAUUGAGGAAGAUGAAGAAGAAAUGCCAACAUUUGGUGAUGGAAACGAGCCAUUAAUGAGUGAAAAAUCCAUAAGAGAAAUCGAAGAAGACUAUCGACAGAUGAGCUGGAAGCCGGAAGUUCGCAAACAUUUACAUCGGCUGCCACGCGGGUUCGCGCUGUCAAAAUUGAUUGGCAAAUGCUACCAGGAAACAUAUUACAAAUUUCAUGCGCGGGAUGAUAAUGCAAAUCUACGGUGUCCAGGACCCGAGAGGUGCAAUCUGACCAGUUACAAGACAAAUUGCUGGAACAGCAUUGCCGAAUACCAUUCAACACGUGACGGGCGACUAAUUAACAUUCAUUUCCUUGAGAAUCAAGAUUUCAGGCUAUCAAAAGACGGGUGUAUUGUUUAA